AUAUACUUCCAGAAAUAUUUAAACAACUUUCAAAUUUCCUUGGCUUGUUAUUGAUGAGUCAGCACUGAACUAGAAAAUAUCCACUAUUCCACAGGAAUAGGUCAUAGGUACUUCAGUGUAGCUCACAGACAUCAUGAUUGAAAGUAGGCGAUGAAAAGAUUAUAAGGGUUUCUCCAGUGGAGGAAGAGGAGUUCACAUCAGUGGGAUUUGCAGCUGCAACUGUAAAAGUGCAAUAAAGUCCUUGCAGCAUGUUGCUUAUUUGUUAUCUAAUAGAUUCUGUAAAAUAUACUACCCCUCUGUAGUGAAGUAUAACUUGGAAUAAAUACACAAUAAAAUGACAUUGUAGUCUACUUUGACUCUAGAUCUAGAAGAUUGUAUUUUUACUUGAACUGCUGCUGAAAAGCUGCUGUUUUGGAAUAUAUCAUUGUGUCCUGUAGUAGAAUAUCAUUUUGCAGGGGAAAGUAAGUUAAAUGAAAAAAAAGAGUUUCCCCAUCUCUUUUUUAUUUUGUGCCUGUUCUCUCCACCUAAUGAAAUAUUUGACAAUAAAUUCCCUAUGUGGUCCCCAGAUGAGUUUGUUCCCAGCCAGACUAACUUGGAGACAUAAAUGCAUCAGGUCAGACAUGACCAAAUUAAGAUGCAUUGUUUAAAAUAGAAAACCUGAGACAGGACUAAUAAGAUCUGUUAUCACCUUUCCUCUGAGCUACUGUAUGCAGCAGCAGUGACCUGAAAGUCCGCAGGAGCUGCAGCUGUGUCUGCAGGCCCACAGUUUCUGUCGGGGCGGACAAAUGUAUGAGCUCAGGAGGUUUCUCACAGACUCGGCGGCGCCAGGUUUUCACACACUCACAGGAUAUGUAAAGACUUCAAUAACGAGCCAUUAAGCCCUAAUCAUCGGGAUCGAUGAGGCGUUAACAAGAACCUCUACAUAUGCAAAACACCUCCAGGGUCGGGGCCUUAUAAGCCCCGACCCUGCAGCAAGGAGGACACACAUUCUCCCUCUGACACCUCGUGGAUUUACAGUUCACUGAGCAGCACUGCCAACAUGGUCAUGUACUUUUCUGUGGACUGGCUGGCCCAGAGCCAUCACAACACCGCGUCGAGCGAGGAGCACGGAGCUGGCACGGAACCUUCGCCGACCUGCAGACCUCACAUCCCCUGCAUGGUGCAGCCACAACCGCCGACCCUUGGCAAGAGUCACCUGCAGCCCAAACCUAAAGCCUUAAAGCCUGUGAUCAUGCAGAGCAGCGGACAGCAGGAUUCUAGCCUGAUGAGCUCACCUCUACAUCCACGAAACUGCUCCUCACCGAUUUCAGAAACGAGCGGGUAUUCCUCCGGGUACGAGAGCGAGGCCGCCUCCUCUGAGUAUCUCUCCGUGGAUGAGGGGUGCGAGGCGGACAGAGACGGACCCCAGCGCCGAGUGCGCACAAAGUUCACCAACGAGCAGAUCGGUAAACUGGAGAAGAUCUUCAACAAGCACAAAUACCUGGACGCAGGAGAGAGAGUGAAGAUAGCGCUGAAACUGAACCUCACAGAGACACAGGUGAGGACUUGGUUCCAGAACAGAAGGAUGAAGCUGAAACGUGAGGUGCAGGACUACCUAGCCCCCCAAGUCCCCCCGGUUAUGUUCCGGCCUCUGGCCCCGGGUCAGUACCACAACAUAGCCGCUCAGCGACCCCACUACCACGCGACCGGCCCGGCCUUCUACCCUCUCCCCGUCCCGCAGCUGGUCCUCCAGCCUCAGAUGUCCCCUCACCAUUUUCCUCAUGGCGUCAUCCACAGCCAACAUUUCUACUGAAAGACUUGAAAAAACUAGAGACUUAUUUCUACUUGAAACACUUAGAAUCCAAAAAGUGCAAUCCAGAGUUUAUUUGAUGUGUAAUAUUUUAAUUGUAUUUGAUAUAAAAGUUGUAAAUACUUUACAUAAAAA